GCCGAGUAACCACGCGUUAUCAAUCUACGAUAUUUACUGGUGUUUGUUUUGUUCACCCACGACCCUACUUCCGGGUCGAAGGGUUUUUCCAUCAACGUGGACAACUUGAAGUAAUUCUAAUGAAACUCGAUUAAGAGAUGACGAGAAUACCAAGUUCAUCGGUGAUAUUUUAUGGAUAAGUCACGAAACAGAAUGAUGAUCAACUUGAAAUUUUUACUUCUGCUUCUACCACUAACUGGUGGCGUUGCUGAAGCAGAAACUGGUAAGGAAAGCAACAAAGUGUUAAAGAGAGCUAAAUCAUUGGAUUUAACAGAGGAUUAUUAUUACGACGAUGUUGAUGAGAGAAAUAAUCCUACGAAUGAAGCGCCUGUUAUACCACCAGGAUUUCUUAGUCCGUCUGUUAGAGAGUAUCUUGAUCUUGGUAAAUCGAUACCAGGCAGACCAGGGACUGAUUAUCCAGUAUUAGGAAAAGUGCCGUAUACGAAUUUUUAUUGUGACGAUCAGGAAUAUCCAGGUUUUUUUGCUGAUGUAGAGACUCGAUGUCAAGCUUGGCAUUAUUGUGACAUUGAUGGAAGACAAGCAACAUUUUUAUGUCCUAAUGGUACACAAUUUAGCCAAGCAGUGUUAGUAUGUGAUUGGUGGUUUAAUGUGCAAUGUGAACUCAGUUCGAAGCUUUAUGCGAUCAACGGUAGACUAUAUCAACGUCAAACUACUGAGAAUCCUACUCGUCCCCAUCGACUUAUCACUAAGGAACUGCUGGAAAAUAUUUUCGCCAGGAGAAAAUGAAAAUUUAUGUAUUGUAAAUGAUAGGAUAAGCAUGGAAGUGAGAAAAACGAAUUUUAUCAAUUGAAAAAUAAUUGUUAAGUAGAUUAAAAUGAAUUAAUAAUGAUUCUUCAUAGAACCAUCUAUUUAUUCAUAGUCUCUAAGAAAUAAAAACUUGUAAAUAUCUAUAGCUUCGAACUUUCUAAAGUAUGUAUAUGUUUUAUCAAGUGAUUGCACGUGUUUUUAGAACCUUUAUGCAAUAUAACAUUUUUUCGAAGCCAUAAGAUAUAACUAUUGAAACUUGAAAAAAGCUCUGAUAGAACAGAAAAUAAGUCAUAAAAAAUAUAAGUGGAAUACAAUAAAACGAAGGCUUUUAUUGUUUGAUAUAAAAAAUUUCAUUAUUUUUUUUGUGCCGUAUUUUUAGUUAUCUUAUUAUACAGAUAGUUAGAAUAAUAUUUCUGACUCAUUGUUCAACACUGCAUCAUGUGUGUUUUUAUAUUAUAUAAUUGACAUUUAGUGUUAGUCUUAAAAAAAAUCUAUUGAAUGAUUGAUGAUAAUCAAAAUUGAAAAAUAUAUGUUAAAUAAUGAAAGACUACAUUUAAUACUGAUUUUUAUAUUGUAAUGAUUAAUUUAUAAUAUUAAGAUCUUGUAAGUAUUGUUUAUACGUGCCAAGUAUAAGACAUUAUUUAAUAAUUGAUGUAUCUCUACAUUAAUACAAAUAAUUUUGACCCAAUUCAUUGUUUCAUCAUGAAAAUAAUAAUCAAUUAUAUUUUAUUGAUAAUUAUAAUUAAUUAGAAAAUUUGAGAAGGAAUAAAAAAAUAAUUGCAAGGAAGAAGUAAUAAAUGGAAUGUUUUUGAAUGAAUAUUAAAAAAUGGUUGUAGAGGAUGAUACUUGAAGAUGUUUGUUUUAAAAAAAAGAUUAGUUGAUUUAAUGUACCGUGUUAUGGGCAAUUAAGAUAAAAAUAAUAGAAUAAAUAAAAAUUAAACAAGACUGUGCAUUUCAGACGUGAGAAUUGCAAGUCUCAGGUGGUAAAGGAAAAUGGAGAAAUAAAACUCAAGUCCAAGUACCUUCUAUAUUUCAAAAAGGCAACCAUAAAAUUUAUCUGAAAUGGCAAUGAAUUGUAGAUUGACUGUUAUAGAGAAAGACAAAGGCACAUAUAUUACUUUUUGUAUGUAUGAAAAAUAUUUGUAUAUAAUAUUACUCAAUAUAUAGAAAUCUAUCAACGAAA